AUGAUAGUCGAAGUCGAGAGAGGAAUAAACGAAGAAUUAGCGCAUUUGAGAGCAGGAUUGCCGGUGGCUCCCGAAAUUCCGAAUUUCGGGUUUGAAAAAAGAGAGCCAAAAGUGGCUAACGGAAAGGAAGAGUUCGCAGAUCAGAUAGAAAUCAACGAGGAGAUACAGGAAUAUGGAGAUGUUGAGUCAGAGGGAGGAGAGUUGGAUGAAGAACAAGAAUCAUACGAGGAAGAGGACGAUACAGAAGAUGAAGAUAAUGAGUUGGAAGAAGAAGAAGAGAGUGAAUCUGAUAACGAGAGUCAAGAAGAAAAAACUACGGUAUCUGAUUCGGAGUUAGAGUCUCAGAAUGUCACUCAAAUUGAGUCUGGUAAAAUUGCCACAGAAAAAUUAAACUCUGAAACAGAAGUCACAAUUUUAUCAGUGACAUUUCCACAAGAAGAACCUGAAGAUUAUGAAUCUUUUCUGCAAAACAUUUCCUCGGGCUCAAAAUUUAAAAUCACCCAUCUGCGAACUCAUAAUAAGGAGCAAGCAAUGAUCAAGGACAUUUUUGAUGUCGACGUUGAAGUCGACGAAUACGCUAGUUACGAGUUUGAGCCAGAUCACGAGAUCCGUCGAGAGAAGGAAAUUCUGAAGGCAGAAGUAGACGACAAGAUACGAAGACUGAAAGAGCAGAAGCAAGCUGAAAUAAAUGCGAGAAUCGCUGAAGAAGAAAAGCUUCAGAAAAUCAGGGAGGAACAGCAAAGACCUCUUCGCCGACAAUUAGCAGCGAAGAAACGGCUUCAAGACAAAUUACGGGCAGAAGAUUACGAAGGGGAAGAAGAGCUUCUCCAAGAAGAAUAUGAGACAAUGCAGCAAGAAUCGCAUGACGAUGAACAAGAAAUAAUUGCAGAGCCUCUUGCGGGAGGAGAUCAUUAUGGCAAGGAAAAGAUGUUCGGCUUGUUCAAGGGACGUGUUUUGUUGGAACCAGGUGUUCCACAUGAUUGCUAUUCUGAUGAAGAGCUUCAACCGUGUCUCAGAAAGCCUCUACCAAGAAAGUCGGACCCUGGUGAGUUUGGGAAAGCGUAUGUUCCAGAGAAUCCGUCUGCCGAAGACAAGGCCAAAAUUGAUAAAGGCUGGGAACGACACGGCUUCAACGAGUUCGUUUGCAACAAAAUCGCACUAACAAGACACUUGUCGGACAAACGACCAAGCAAAUGCAUGUCAAAAAGGUGGAAGAAGCCGCUGCCGACGACUUCAGUUGUGAUUGUUUUUCACAAUGAAGCCGAAUGCACUCUAUUGCGAACGGUCUACUCUAUCCUCGGAACAACGCCAAAAAUCCUGUUAACCGAAAUUAUCCUCGUCGAUGACAAAUCGGAAAUCGACAAAAGACCUGAGCUAGGAGUAAAGCUGGAGCAAUACAUUGUUAAUGAAAUAAACAGCAAAAUGGGAGAAAACUUCGUGAAAGUGAUCAGGCAGCCAACAAGAAUGGGGCUUAUUCAAGCUCGUCUUGCUGGGGCAGCAGCGGCAAAAGCCGAUACGAUUACUUUUCUCGAUGCACACUGCGAGUGUUUUCCUGGUUGGGCGGAGCCUUUAUUGGAACGAAUUGCUGAGGAUCCAACUAGAGUGAUGACACCUGUUAUCGAGGUGAUCGACGCUGGUACUUUCCGUACUACUGAGACGAAAACUGCCAACAUUUUCAAAGGAGUGUUCGGAUGGAAUCUCGUCUUCUACUGGAUGGAAGCAUAUGGUCCUCAAAAUCCAUAUACGUCUGCAUACGAAGCUCGACCGAUUCGAUCACCAACGAUGGCUGGCGGUCUAUUCACGAUGGAUAAAGGUGACUUGACCUCCAGAAUUCAACUUCGAGAAGAUCUUCAAUGCAAAUCGUUUCAUUGGUACAUGGAAAACGUUCUACCGGAGCUCGAUUACACGAUGAACAGCGAUUUGAUUUUUGCCGGAGAAAUCAUUGCUCAAGGACUGAUGACUGCACGAAAUCCAAAUAACAGACAGUGUUUUGACAGUUCUGGAAAAGACAAUGCUCAGAUCCAGAUCUUUCCUUGCCAUGGUAUGCUCGGAAAUCAAUAUUUCGAGUACACAAACAUCAAGGACAUAAGACUUAUCGGCGUUGACAAGCCCGCGCUCGAUCGGCAGACGGCUGAAAAGAAGGAGCGACUAGCAGCCGAAGAUGAGCGCAACGCGGCGUACGGUCGGGAGAGCAACAAGAACGCCAAGCUCGGUCUUCUCUACGAGCAGCGACAAGAGCGCGACGAACGCGACUUGGCCAAGCGCAUCAACGAGUUCCGCUUCGAGCAUCAGACCAAGGAGUCCCGACGUGAGUGGGACCUCAACGAUCCGGAAUCGAAAAAGAACAGCGCUCCAGUUCGAGUCGCCGAUGUCGACACUAAUCUUGGUAUUUCGUCGGCACAAGUUUUCGACGGAGAAGAUCUUGCUGGUCCAUCGCGAAAUUCCAUCCAGCAGGAUCAGCGACGACAGUGGGCAGACUGCCAGAGAGAGGAAAAACUUCGACGAGAGCAGGAAGAAGCUUAUACCACCCAUAAGUACCUUACUGAGCAAAUCGCCUGGGCUGAGAUGUGGCAAACGAUGCUCGACCAAAAAGAGGCCAAGAGAUUAGCUGAUUUAAAGGAAUUGAAGCAAUUUAACUUACAGCAAGCUAAAGAGAAGCGUGAGCGAGAAGCCGCGGAAAAGAACCGCGAGUUGCAGGACAAACUGACCGAUAUCAGAAACAACGUUACUGGUACUAUGCUGACGGAAGAUCCAGCUGUCGCCAAGUCCACUUUUGGCUCCCACCGAGUUCUUACUGACCGAUGGAAGGGAAUGAGUCCCGCGCAGGUCGAAGACAUCCGAUCAACGCAAGAACUUCAGCGAAGCGAAAAUAAAGCGAUCCAAAAUCAAAAUAAAGAAAUCGACAAUCAAUGGGACAACGACAGAAUCCAGCAGGCGAAAACUCUUAUGCUUAUGGAGCGCAGGAACGGCUUAAGUUUUCUCAUUUGA